CACCAGUCUACAGCUCAUCUGGCAGGUUGAGCUUAAUGGUUGGUUUCUUGGCUCACAAACGGUGUUAGUUAACAAUGAAGAAGUUUUUUGAAGACAUUAAGAAAGACAUCCAAUUUAAAUCGGCGGGUCCGGGAAAGAAACUUAGCGAAGCCACCAGCUCCAAGCCCCAGGCGGUUCAAAGCAAUGCCUCUGCAAAGCCCCGUCACGCGCCCACCGAAGGCGCCCAACGGGCAGGAGCAGCAGCGCUGGCCCGAAUCGAGCAAAAGCAGCGCCCGCGAGUGCAAACGUCUCAGGACGCUAUUAGAAAUCAGGUGAAGAGAGAGCUCGAGGCAGAAGCUGCAGCAACAGCAGCGGAGCAGAAAACCACAGACAUUGAGAGCUCCAAGGCUGUGACAGACCCAACGUGUUUCUCAGUCUCAGGAGUGUUUUUUACCUGUCCGCUCACCGGGGAAACCGUAACCAAGAGCAACAGAGAACUUCACAUCAAAGAAGCCAUUCUCAUGAGGUUUGCAGAGGAUCCAGUGGAAGCUUCCAUAAUGAUGAUUCACACGUUCAACAAGGACAGAGAAAAAGUGAAAGCAGCAAUAGACAUCAUAAACAAGUACAUUGAAAACAUCUGUAAAAAUCCAGCUGAGGAGAAAUACAGAAAAAUCAAAGUCAGUAACAAGAUUUUCCAGGAGAAAGUCCGUGGAAUUGAGGGUAGUCGGGAAUUCUUACAGGCCCUGGGCUUUGAGAGCACUCAGUUACCAGUGGAUGGACAAGAGGGCACUGAGGAGUUCCUCGUGUUGGCACAGCCGGACGAAGACGCACUGGAGCAGAUAAAGAAGAGGAGAGACGCGCUCCAGGAGGCGGAGCCCGUCAGGGCGACCCUGGACCGCCAGCCGCAGGCCUUCAGACCCUCCCCCCACGCCACGCGCUUUGAGCUGCCCCCGGACUUCUACAACCUGACCGCGGAGGAACUGAAGAGGGAACAGCAGCUACGGAGCGAGGUAGUGGAGAGAAACGCGAUGCUACGGACUAAAGCCAUGCGGGAAAAAGACGAACAGAGAGAGAGAAGAAAAUACAACUACACCCUGCUGAGGGUUCGCUUACCGGACGGAAAUUUACUCCAGGGGACAUUCCUGGCCAGAGAGAGGGUGUCAGUGCUGUACCAGUUUGUGCGAGAAUGCCUGGUAGACGACUGGCAGCCCUUUGAGCUGAUGGCACCUGGAGGACAGAAACUGAAGGAGGAGGAGGAGGUGGCACUGAAUGAAUGUAACCUGGCUCCCGCGGCUCUGUUGACGUUUGCGUGGGACGCGGGCGUACAGGCUGACAUCGCCGCUGCAGGGAAACAGAAUUCCUCUGUGCUCAAACCGGAGCUAAUGGACAACAUUAAAACGCUUAGUUAAAAACCCUGACCCCCUUC